AUGGCGCAGGAGUCGUCCUCCUCCUCCAGGGAGGGCCGACCCGGUCGCUUACUCGGCGCCUUCCUCGACUCGCUCCUGCUCCUGCUCACCACACUGCUACAUCCCGCCAUCGCCCUCUUCGCCGCCAUGACGCGCAAGAAACGUCACCAGAACACGGCCGCGCCCCGGAGAGGAGACGAUCCCGAGAAGGUGAACCUGAAUAAUAACAGCAGCGCCAACGCCAACACCCGCACAAGUCAGUCUGCGACAGCUGCGCCAGCUACAACAACAUCGUCGUCUACUGCCGCGCACGAACACAACAACAUGAAUGGCCACGCGACUACCGCCGUCAGCAAUAGUACUGCUGGCGAGGGCGCAGGAGCAGGUGACGCCGCCGUGUUGAAGAAGGAGAAUAUCGCGCCGGCGCGGGAAACGUCAGUCCUGGAUGAGCAAAUCAUCCAGGGCAUAGCGGGCCUCAACGUCAGCACCGGGGAGAACUGCAAGCAGCAAAACGGCCAGGCUGCCGCCUCGCUGUCUACGAAACCGUCGUCCAUCGUCGAUGAGAAUGAGGAUCCCGUUAAGGCGGAACAGAGGCGGAUUCAUCAGGGAUUCAUGAAUGAUGCCCUUGAUAUGGCACGGCUCGCCCUGAAAACCAAUGAGACGCCUGUGGGUUGUGUCCUGGUUUACGACGGAAGAGUGGUUGCCAAGGGCAUGAAUGCAACCAAUAUCACGCGUAAUGGCACGAGACAUGCUGAAUUGAUGGCCAUCUGCGCUCUAACGUCCUACACUAAGGAGAAGGAUCUGGAGAAGCCGGAAAAGAAGGGCGGCAAGAACAGGAAGAGUGGAAAAACUUCGCGGAGGGAAAAGGAGAAGCCUGAACCUGUUUGGGGCGACGUCGACCCGAAGGAUGGACAUCUCUAUCCUUAUGGGCAGAAACUCCACCCAGCUCCGCGAGUUGACGGGUCUAUUGUCAGCCAAUGCACUCUCUACGUCACAGUUGAGCCAUGUGUCAUGUGUGCAUCGUUGCUGCGCCAGUACGGAAUCAAGAAGGUGUAUUUCGGCGCGGUGAAUGACAAGUUUGGUGGUACUGGCGGUGUAUUCAACAUCCAUAUGAAUGCCGGUACCACGGAUGCGCCUCAAGACCCUUCACUUCGUCCUUCAGCGAACAAACUUCGACCACCGCUCACACGUUUGCCCGGAUCCGCCAAUGGGUCAACAAACAGUGUUGACAAAAGCUCGACAGGUGGAGAGGGCACAGAGCCCGUCGUUGACGAGAUACCGACGCCUCGAGUCGCUAUACCGAUGCGAAUCGGGGAUGGUGGAAACGUCGAACCUGGGUAUGAAGUUGAAGGAGGAUGGGGUCGAGACGAGGCCGUUAAUCUUCUGAGACAGUUUUACGUCCAGGAGAACGGAAGAGCCCCUGUUCCAAGAAAGAAGGAGGGUCGCGCCGCUCGACUUGCAGCGAUGAUGGAGAAAGAAGGCAUGUCGGUCGAAGGCACGAGUCUACUAGAGGAUGGAGCGUCGGGCAAUGCCACACCCGGAGCGGAAGAUGAACCAGUCGCUGCGACUACAAACGGCAAUACUGAGGAGAAGAAGAAUGGUACGGAGACCAACGGAGACGCACCUAAUGAAGUGACCGAGCCCGUUACUCUAGCCUCAACCUCAGAUGCAAAGGCGUGA